AUGAGCUACGCGCGUCGAGAUUCGGCUGGGACUCUUGCGACAGGAGGCAUGAUGCAUCACCAGAGCAAGCUGGACGUCUUUAUUAUCAAAGCACACCGAUUAUUCUCUAAUGGCGCGGUGAUUAACGGCGAAGAUGCCAGUGUGCUUAACACAGCCUCCAGCUCACCUAAAUCUGGAGGUCCUGUCAAUGGUGCACCCCCCCAUGCGGAUAUGACGUUGUUUCAAAAGCUCUCGCAACUGUACAAUGCUACGAUUUCCACAAGCUUGUUGGACGAUAACUCCACUUCUCCCAAGUCGGCGAUAGAACUGUACCAACGUUUCCAGCAGAUUUUGAAGGAACUGGAGCUGAGCUACGAGGUGAGCCCGUAUGGUAAGUAUUUCCGCAAACUUGACAAUGGAAUGUGGCAGAUAAAGGACGAGUCUGAGUUGUUGAACGACCAAUUGUGGCAGUUGGUCUCGGUUUCUAUCAGCGCUGUAUAUGACCCCAAGACAGGUCAAAUGCUCAAUCAAUCCAGGCGACGAGUCAACAGCAUGGCCACGUCCACCAAAAAUUCCCCCAACGAGGUGAUCGACAACACGCUGCCGCAACAGCUACAGAAAAGACUUCAAAAGCUGCAACAGGAUAGCCGGCAGAACUACUACUCUACAUCCCCAUCUAGCCCCUCUAUGGUACCGAAUGGCAAUGGCGUUCGUUCCAUUCCAAGCAACGCUUCAAGUGGGAGAGAGGCUUCCAAUGCUCCUACUACUGCCACUAAUAACUUGAAUGGCCAUCCUAACAUGCAUAGUAUGAACCUCCAUAAUAAUGCCCAAAAUAUAAAUGGUGAUAUCAGCAGCGGCAACAAUGCUAACAACAACGAUAUUCCAAUCCACAGUGGCAUGAAUCUGAACAUGAACCUGGCUGCGAGUUUAAAUAGCCAAAACAAGCGCAAGUACAUUGGAAUGGGUAUACCGGACGAUGAAGCGGUCGAAGAGCUUCUACAGCUUGCAACGAAGAAAGCCAAGUCAGAUUUACCUACUAUAGACGAGGAUAUUGCCCAAUUGCAACAGCCCAAGUACAACCCUGGUACCUCAAAUGUAGAACUUUACGAGCGGCUCCUACGAGAGAAAGACUUUAGAAUAAAGCAACUCGAGGCUGAUGUGGAGACUCAGCGACAGGAAACUCACUGGCUUCGGAAAAUGUUGCUAGAAGAUUUGGCAUGCGUGAGAAGUAUGCUCCACAAAAUGAACCGUGGCAGGCGCUAG